AUGUCCACAUAUGUGAAGACCAAGGAAGCCAUCAAAAAUCAAGAGCCUGGAUUGGGGCAUGGUCCCACUCACUACAGUUCCUCAGGUCUCGACCUUGGACUGCCCUUGUUUGGGGCUUUGGGCUGUGUGGAUGACCAGCUGUUUGUGUCCUAUAAUCAUGAGAGUUGCUGUGCUGAACCCUGGGCCUCAUGGGUCUUGGGUAGAGCAUCCAGCCAGUUGUGGCUAGAGCUGAGUCAUCUGAAAGGGUGGGAUCCUAUGUUCACUGUUGACUUCUGGACCAUAAUGAACAACCAAAACCACAGUAAGGAGUCCCACACCCUACAGGUGAUCCUGGGCUGUGAGGUGCAUGAAGACAAUAGCACCAGUGGGUUCUGGAAAUAUGGGUAUGAUGGGAAAGACUACCUGGAAUUCUGCCCUGAGACUCUGGAUUGGAAAGCAGCAGAGCCCAGGGCCUGGGCCACCAAGACAGAGUGGGAAACACACACAAUUCAGACCAAGCAGAACAACCUGGAAAGGGACUGCCCAAUGCAACUGCAGCAGCUCCUAGAGCUGGAGAGAAGGGCUCUGGACCAGAAAGGUCCUCCUUUGGUGAAGGUGACUCAUCAUGUGUCCUCAGCAGUGACCACUCUACAAUGUCAAGCUUUGAACUUCCACCCACAGAACAUUACCAUAAGAUGGUUGAAGGACAGACAGCCAUUGGAUGCCAAAGAAGUCAAGCCUCAGGAUAUAUUACCAAAUGGAAAUGGGACCUACCAGAGCUGGGUGAUUGUGGCUGUGGCCCCUGGGGAAGAGCAGCGAUACACCUGCCAGGUGGAACACCCAGGCCUGGAUCAGCCCUUCAUUGCCACUUGGGAAAAGGAUCAAGCCAAGGGCUGA